AAUUUUUGGAACGUCCGACCGCUACGUUCCGAAAUAGAACACGGCCUCUCCGGCAGGAGCCGGUCACCCUGCGGGUCCUGAUUGGUAAACAAGCGGCACGUGGUAAGGAAGUGCUGUCAAUGGCGGAGCGCCGUGAUGAUGCGGCAGGAGUCUAGCGAUGAUGCGGAAGACGUGUCGCUAUUUGAUGCUGAAGAUGAGGGGCGGCGAACACCGAAGAAAAAGAAGAUCCGACAUCCAGUGGCAUGUUUCUUCCACCUCUUCUUCCGAAUUAGUGCAAUAGUUGUCUACCUUCUUUGUGAAUUCCUCAGCAGCAGCUUUAUCGCCUGCUUUGUGACAAUAAUUUUGCUCCUAUCCUGUGACUUCUGGACUGUCAAAAAUAUCACUGGUCGGCUGCUAGUGGGGUUACGUUGGUGGAAUCAGGUUGAUGAUGAUGGAAAGAGUCACUGGAUCUUUGAGGCCAGGAAGGCUUCAGGAACAGGGAAGAGAGUGUCUUCUGAAGCUGAAUCUAAAAUAUUUUGGCUGGGAUUAAUCAUCUGUCCUAUCAUGUGGGUCAUUUUUGUCUUCAGUACUUUCUUUUCCUUUAAACUGAAAUGGCUGGCUGUGGUUAUUAUGGGCGUUACACUACAAGGGUCUAAUCUGUACGGUUAUAUUAAAUGCAAAAUAGGAAGUGGGAAAAAUUUGACCAGCAUGGCUACCUCCUACCUAGGCCGCCAGCUUUUCAAAACGGCAAUAAAAACAGAGGAGAAAGCCGAUUCGUAAAAGAAGGUGGUCAUUUUGGAAAAUAAAUGUGACACACUGUAUUUUCAGCACUGUGAACAGCUGAUGAUUCACAACAAUGGCAAUUUUCAGAUGUUCUCCUUUCCUUAACAUUCACAAGCCUGGCAGAAAAUAAUUAUCUUUAUGAUUUGUUACUUUUUUAUUAGUUACUCGAUUAUUGGAAGUUGUCCAUCUCAACUCAAAAUCAAUUGUGUGUGAUUGAGCAUGAAAUGAACUUUAGAAGGAAAAAAUAAUUUUAGAAUCAUUCCAAGUUGAUAAUCUGAUGUAACUUGAGUGAGGGUAUUCUUGUAACACUUUAGAAAAUAGUGGGUGGGGGAAUGCGGUUGAUGGCAAAUGGGAUCUAGCUAAUGUUUAAAAAUUUUAUAAUAAGCAUACACUGAUGCUGGUGGAAGGAGAAUAUGUUUAGAAAUGCUAUGUGUUUUCUAAUACUAGUGUAGUGAAAGAUCUGUAAAACAUCUCUGAAGGAGCCAAGAUUUUUAACAGCAUGCAUUACAGCAUUAUGAUGUUUAGUUUAUAAAGUAGAACAAUAAAUACAUGUUUCAAUACCUUACAUGUCAGAUUGUAAACUAAGAAAAUUAGUCAAAAUAUACUUUUAUAUGGA